AAAUUAUACAUCACCUGUUUAAGCUAUAGUGGCUAGCUAUUCUUGAGCCACAAAAGAAUGGAUUCAAAGGGCUACAAUUGUUCAGUCAUUGCACUUGUUUCUUGCCUGGUUUUAUCCUUUUCAGUCUCUUCUUUGGCCAAAAAACAACCACAUUGUCCACUUAAAGUAGGUUUCUAUCAACAUACAUGUCCCUCUGCUGAAUCCAUUGUGAGAAAUGUUGUGAACAAAGCCGUUUCUCGUAAUCCAGGCAUUGCUGCUGGUCUUAUCAGGCUACAUUUUCAUGACUGCUUUGUGAGGGGAUGUGAUGCAUCUGUGCUAUUGGAUGGACCAAAUUCAGAAAAGGAAAGCGUAGCGAAUAAGAACAGUUUACGAGGUUUUGAGGUGAUUGAUGCAGCUAAAGCUAAGCUUGAGGCUGCAUGCCCUGGAACUGUCUCGUGUGCAGACAUUCUCGCCUUCGCUGCUCGUGACAGUUCUUACAAAGUUGGGAAAAUAAACUAUGAUGUCCAAGCAGGACGUCGUGAUGGACGCGUUUCUAUCAAGGACGAGGCUUUACCUAAUCUUCCAUCUCCAUUUGUGGGUGUCAAGGAACUGAUCAAGAGCUUUGCAAGAAAAGGGAUGUCGGUUGAUGAAAUGGUCACCCUCUCUGGUGCACAUUCUAUUGGUAUUGCUCAUUGCGCUGUUUUCGCAAAUCGGCUAUACCCUCAAAACAAGCAACAAAAUCUGCCAAUUGAUCCUGAAUAUGAAAGAAUGUUAAAGUCCAUUUGCCCACCAGAAGCACUUACAAAUGGAACAGGAGUAGCCAACCCUGCGAAUCUUGAUGUCCUAACACCAAACAAAUUGGAUAAUAGAUACUACAUGGAUUUGAAGAGUAAGAAGGGGCUGUUAGUUUCUGAUCAAACAUUGAUGAGUAAUCCUAAAACUGCGAAAAUGGUGAACUUCAACGCGAGAUAUGGCCGUGUGUGGGGUAAGAAAUUUGCAGAUGCAAUGGUGCAUAUGGGUACCUUGGAUGUCCUCACAGGGUGGAAGGGUGAAAUCAGGAAGAACUGCCAUUUUGUUAACUAAUUUGUCAUGCUUUUGCCUUUUCAGUUUUGUUAAAGUUUCCAGUACUAUUUCAGCUUUCUUGUUAUUGUUAUUGUUAUUGUGAAUUGCAGACAUCCUAUUUAAGUGAGGAUGGUUCAAUCUUUGUUCAAUUUUUACAGAUGAAUCUUCUUAAUAGAACUUAUUCUUGAUUGGUAG